UUUUCCCUGUUUUUUAAGUUGUAGGUUUUUUUUUUUUAAAAACCUGGGUAAGGUAACCAGUUACUUAUUUGAUUUUUCAAAGUUAUGUAAAAAAAAAUCAUACAGUUAGCUUAAAUAACAUUUAUCCAGAGCGGUAACCAGUUAUUUGUUUGAUUUUUCACAUUUAUGUAAAAAAUAGUCUUAGAGGUUAAAUAACAUGUAUCAGGAGGGGUAACCAGUUACAAUGAGAUUAAUAACUUAAUGCCAUAAGAGGGGUAACCAGUUACUAUAAGAGGGGUGACGAGUUACUCAUAUUAGAUGAAAAGAAACAUUACAUUUGAAGGAAAAAAAAAAGAAUAAGUAUGAUUUAGUAACCUAGGUAACCAGUUACCAUAUAGAACCCAGAAAUAUACACACACAUCAGCAUGUGAAGGUAACCAGUUACCUCCUAAAAUAUACAAACAAAUAACGUGAAGGUAACCAGUUACCUCCUAAAAUAUACAAACAAGUAACGUGAAGGUAACUUACCACAUAUCUGAAGACAGAAAAAAAAAAAAACAGAUCUGACUCAAGUUUUAUUGGAUCAUUACAACGUCAAUCCAGUCGUUACUUAAUUUUCCGAAUGAAUAAAUACAAAAAAAGAAAAAAAUUAUGGGCAUUCGAAUUGACCCGUCUAAUUCAGUUACCUGGACUCGCCACGGACAUGAGGCAGAAAAUAUCCAAAGAUUCACAGAGAAUCACAAAAGGCCAAUUUUCCUUCUUCAACCUUCUAUCCAGUUUUUUUGUGUCACUAACUCAAGUUAAGCAGCCGUUUACGCGGAGAACUUUUUCUUUCCCUUUUUUAUACCACGCCGACCAAGCCAAUUGUUUGACAAUAUUACAUAAAGACCCAAAAAAUAGUUGAAACAAUUCUCAUAGCUCCAUAUUCAUUGGAUUCUAGCAUAACACCACUAGCCGCCAUGGAUUCGCUCUCUGCAGUCUCGCCUUCUUUAGUUCUACCCCCAAAUAAUCCCCUUUGUCCUCGGCCUCGCCAAAUGGGUUUCUAUAUUUCUUGUCGUUUACAGAAUCGGAGCCGUCAUUCUUGUUCUUUCUCCGGUACGCGCCUGAACUCACCCAUGAAGCUUUCUAGGAGAUCAUGGAGGCGAGCUUCUAACAAAUCAGACGGUGGUGGAACCACUGAUGAGGACAAAGAUGAUAACGGGACGGAGGAGGUGGAGAGAGAGCUUCACCUUGACAGAACCAUUCCUGGGACUUCGAAUGAGUUCAUGAAGCAAGUCUCAUCAGGAAUUUUUUGUAUGUUAUUUGCUCAAGAGAAACAAGAAAAAUAAAGAGGAAAGUGGUAUUUUCAAAUGAAAGAAAGGAACAAAGUGGUAUUAUUAAAAUACCAAUGAAGCCGGCCCAGCUAUUGCUCUAGACGUGGCCCAUAUGCCACAGCCACCAGCUCCAAGGCCCAAAACGCCAGCUGUCCCAAGUCUCUUAGCCUCCUGCCCAACCGUGCAUCACAUAUGCACAUCAACUUGCCACCAACGGGCCUGCCUCUUCCAAUCACAGCCAGGCCCAAUCCAGCUCAUCACCUUCAGCAUAUAGUCUCAACACCACAGCAAGCCCAAUUUGCCUCUCAGCCCAAUCAGGCCCAACACCAUCCCAUGCCUAAACCAACUGCCAAAUAGCCACCAAAAUGCCAGAAAUCAUGUUUUUUCAUUCCCAAUAUUUUUCACUCAAAUAUCAAUUCACUCUUCCCUAUUUUUCUUACCUAAAUAAACAUUCCUAAUUCAUUUUUUUACCCUAGCUUUUCACUAAUCUUUUACCCAACCAAACAUUUCAUCUUUCCAAUACUCUUACACUUACUCUAUUUAUCCUACCACUUCCCAACACAAUUAAAUUAAUCAAUUUAUUUAUUUUAAUUUGAUUAAUUUAAUCUCCAUAUUUUGCCUAUAAAUAGAGUCUUGUGAGACCAUUUGGGGAGCUCUUCUUCUUCAUCUUUUCAACAUCUUCUACACAUAUUUUUCUCUAUUCUUCUACCAUUUUCAUCAUUUGAAGAGCAUGUCAAGUAUGUUAUUUUGUAAUUUUUAUUUUUAUCUAGUUAUGAGCUUCUAAUCUUUUUCAAAGGUUAUUAAGAUGAUGAUGAAGCAAAAUGUAACUAGAUAGUAUUUUUUGUUGUAUGUUGAUUUCCCAUUUGUGCAACAUUGUUUAUGGAUUUUUCUAUCAAAGAUAUGCA